GAAUACUUUUAACUGUGAAACCGGUGUUAGGAGGAAACACCAUAAAAACUGAAUGAUUAACCAUGAAAAGAAGAGUUAGUAGCGGCUUUGCUUAUGUAUUUAAUCUUUUGUUCGAUUCGUGACACUCAGGCCCCACCAUGCCUCUGCCAUUUGUGUACAGCAGCCAGGACUUUGUCACAGAGGUGCGUCGUAACCGGGCAAACCGUCUUGUGCCAGCAAAGUUUGACACAACUAUCCAAGAGUGGUGGACAGACAGGAUGGACAGAGGACUCUUCCGCUAUCACCUGGGGGAUCUUCAAACACGUAUACUGCCAGGCCCGAAUGGCUUUGUGGCCCAGCUGAAUAUCCAAAGAGGGAUAGAGAGAAGAAAGCCUCAGGAGAUCCUGAGCAUUCAACAGGAGUUCAAUACUAAACAGUUCAAUUUCAACAAAAUAAAUCAUGAAGAAAUCAUCUUCGAGAUGAUAAAGGACAAUGAGGGCGGGAAUGAAAGUGGACAGCUGCAGCAACCCUGCAAGAUGGUUGUGCUGGUCAAUGUCAGCCCUCUGGAGUUUGGACAUUGUCUCUUUGUUCCAGAUCCCUCACAAUGUUUCCCACAGGUCCUGACCACUUUUGCCAUCCAGGUUGGCAUCGAGUCUGUGCUCCUAAGUUCUGAUCCUGGCUUCCGUGUGGGGUUCAACAGUCUUGGAGCAUUUGCGUCAGUCAAUCACUUACACCUACAUGGGUACUACAUGGACCACGAGCUCAAGAUAGAAUCUACACCAGGAAAGCCACUGGUUCCUGAAAUGGGGUUUUAUCGCCUGCUGGACUUUCCUGGAGGCUUUUUAUUUUACACAGAAUCAGAGCAGGUGGAGAAAGUGGCCAGAGCCGUCUGUCUUGUCACAGACUUUCUUGUUGAGGGUAACAUUGCUCACAAUCUCUUUUUAACAAGAGGAUGUCCGCCCAUGUCUGAAAAAGAUCCCUUUUCAAGAAAAGGCGUUCGUAUCGCUGUUUGGCCCAGAAUGUCAUGCUUUGGUGCCAAGGAGGAGUCUGCCUUCAAUGUCGCUCUUUGUGAGCUGGCUGGACAUUUACCGUUUAAAAACAAGAAGGACUAUGAGCUCACUACAGAGAGAGAUGUUAUAGAAACCAUCCAAAAGUAUCUUCUGUCUGAUGAGGAGUUUCACACAUUGGAACAGGAGCUUACUCGUCUUGUGAUGGAUGUAUGAUUCGUACAUCAAAUCAUUGUUAAAACUGUGCUUGAGCUCACGUUUUCCACACAAAAUAUUGUGCCAUUACCAAAAAAAAAGGAGUUUCUUCACGACCCAUUAUACCCUAAGUGCUAUGCUGUAUGCUGUAUGUCUUGACCCAUCUCUUCUAACUAUCAAACCAAUGGCUGUGUCAUGUUAAAUGGUUCAAAAUAAAAAGUACCAGGAGCAUUCCCCCUCAA